GCUUUGCAACUUUCUUGUACCACUGCUGACGCUUCAAGCAUGGCUAUGAAUGGAGCUGCCAACCGAGGAUGCUACAACUGCGGACAGAUGGGGCACUUCAUGCGUUUCUGCCCAUUUCCGCCUCGGAGUCAAGUCGCUAAUCCAAACUCUGCUACAGUACCUGUACAGACACUUAUUCUCACAGCGCCAAACCAAGCUGGAGCGUACAAUGGGAAUACGGGGCAGUAUAAUCGAGGAGGUGGUGGCUGGAACUAUACCAACCAGCGCAUUGCUAACUUGGAGGAGCAAGUAUCGAAGUUUAAAAUCCAGUACAACGCCGAAGAGGAACGGGAGAAGAUCAAGAAAGAAGAGGAGGAACGAAGAUUGAAGAUGGAGGAGGAAGAGAAACAGAGAGAACAGGACAAAAAAGAUUGUGAAGCCGCAUACAAGAAGAUGGCAGACGAGAUGAAUGCACGUUUUGAUAAAGUAUCCGAAGUAUUGGAGAACAAGAAGACAAAGGAUAGCACAAGUGAGAUCAUGAAGUUGAAGGUACAGAUCGAAAAAUUACAAUAGCGGAAGGAUCAACCUUCUAGUAGCAAUGCGGUUAUCGAGAACG